AUGUUUCGAUGGUAUAAAGACGCAACACUUUGCUAUGCCUAUCUCGACGAUGUCAGCGUGUACGACGCCAGAUCAGACGACUGGUUUAGUAACGAUGAGCUAGCCAAGUCGCGAUGGUUCACUCGCGGUUGGACACUACAAGAAUUGAUAGCACCAAAGAACAUCGUGUUUUAUGGCAAAGAUUGGAUAUCUGUCGGCCAGAAGGCCUUAUGUUGCGCGAAACAGGAACGCAUAACUGGUAUUAGCGCAAAUGUGCUUGCGGGUACAGACGCCGUAGAGGAUCAGAGUAUCGCAAAGCGUAUGAGCUGGAUGUCCGGACGCACGACGACACGAACAGAAGACAUGGCAUAUUCUCUCAUGGGUAUCUUUGACAUCAACAUGCCGCUGUUGUAUGGUGAAGGAAAUAAGGCUUUCGUUCGGCUACAGGAAGAGAUCAUGAAAGACUCCGCAGAUCACAGCCUCUUCGCAUGGAACGAGGAAGACCCCGUGGACGACGUCCUUACCCUUGAAUGGCCCAGUUCGGUAUUUGCAGCUCAUCCUGGGCAGUUCAGAGAUUCAAGGGAAAUAGUCAAUCGCAGAUUUGACGACAAGGAUAGGCUAGACGAGGAAUUCUCAAGUACAAACCGUGGCGUUAAGAUCAAGCUCCGCAUCCGAGAGCCCACCAAUGAUUCUUCACAUGCAUUAGCACUCGGGUAUGACCGUUUCCUGGCUGUGCUCGACUGCUGCUUUGAAGAUCCGAAGUUUGAGAAUUGCUGGCCUGGUAUCACACUCAGACGGCUCACAGGGUCCAAGUCACAGUAUGUGCGCCUCCCCUGUUAUCCCAUUGUUCCUGUUAUCUUUGGCCAGGUCAGCGACGCCCAGAAGUUAUUAGGAGUCGUGUCUGUUGGCGAGACUGACAGCGGAGAGUGGAUCUAUCUCCGUAAGAAAAUUCCAGACUGGGCUUUUCAAGACCUUCUUUAA